GCACUCGCAUCGCGCCUUCAACUCUUCUCGGAGCCAGUUGUGUCCACUAGCAGCUUGUGCGCGCAGUAGAUCGGUCGACAAAUCGCGAUACUGUGAUGGCGAUAAACACUGGAACUAUGUUUGUCGCCGCAGCGCCUGUGUGGGCCAUGCCGUGAAUCGAUGCAUCCAACUCGGUGCUAGUCGGAAUUUUCGUCUGCUCUGGCGUCUGCAUCUGUGUCGUCUGCUUCUGUCUGUCGUCUGUUUCGCUUCAGUGGAGAACCCGUGCAGCUCUGGAGUGACUCGUCGCAAACAGUGCGUAAAUCAGCAGUGCAGUGGCUUCGGCACAGAUCGCCCUCGGGCGUAAAGUCAUGCUCUUCGGCGCCGGGGAUUCGAUGGACAUGAAGUCCGGAUCCGCUCGAAGAGUGGUGCAGGCCGGCACCCUCAGCAUCGGGGGCCCUGGCGGAAACGGGCUCGGUCCAUUGGGCAUGACAGGAAUCCUUCCUGGACCGGGACCCGAGUGCGCAGGUUGCCAAAAACCAAUAAGGGAAAGGUUCCUUCUGAAGGCCCUGGACCAGCUAUGGCAUGAGGACUGCUUGAAGUGCGCUUGUUGCGACUGCAGACUGGGAGAAGUAGGAUCUACGCUCUUCACCAAAGCAAACCUUAUCCUCUGCAAGCGAGAUUAUCUCAGGCUGUUUGGAACAACGGGUCUCUGCUCAGCGUGCAACAAGACGAUUCCCGCCUUUGAAAUGGUCAUGCGCGCGCGAGGCAAUGUGUACCACCUGGAAUGCUUCGCGUGCCAGCAGUGCAACCACAGGUUCUGCGUCGGUGACCGGUUCUACCUGUUCGACAACAAAAUACUCUGCGAGUACGACUAUGAAGAGCGCCUCUCCUUUCACCACGUGCCGUUCCCCGGCCACAACAACAACACUCCCAACAGUACCAACGCUAACCACAGCAAUAAUGUCAACAGCUCCAACCCGGCCGUGCCCUCUAACACGCCAGGAGGUCGUCCCGCGAACGGAACCCCUCCAGUUGGACCAAACACUGGAGGAGGUCUUCAAGGCCUCAAGCGGCACGCCUUGGACAACCGGAGUCUUCAGACGCAAGACGACGCAUCCAGUGGCUACGGCAGCCCUGAUUCGCUGCUGAGUGACGGCAAGUGACCCAGGGACAAAGGCGGUCGUGGAAGAAGCACCGCCAACAACGCCGGGGGCGUUGGACACCAUGCGCCAGUUUCAGCUUGCAAGCCGGACUUUAGCUAGUGGACAAAAGAAAGAGUCAGAGUGUGAUGAUAGGGAACGGACGUGGGUUUCACUGUGUGAGCAGGUCUGUUGUGCACAGAAUUUGUCACGAAAAUGCGUCAGGUUAGGAAAAUCACCACGUGGUGCAGAAAGUAUCUUGGUCGUCUCGUGGAAAUGUGUUAUUAGAUUGUUCCGUGUUCGCCCCAUCGAUGGUAAAAUGGGAAUGGUGUUUCAAAAUCUCAUGGAGCGAGCGGUGAAGAGGUUUAUUUCAUACAUCAUGUCGUCACGUUAUUUACAGUUCCUAGAACACUAUGUUGUUCUAGUCACGCGACCGAUGCUGCAAAAGCGAACUUAUCCUUUCAUAUUACACCCAUUAUAGGAUUAUCUCUCGUAGCCCUAGUACCACAUUACUACCAGCAGUAGAAGCAGUGCCCCGAGAGGAUUAAAAAGAAAGAAAAGAAGAAUACCGGGCCCCACGUCUACGUUGUUGCCUGCACAUCUAGUCAAGAACAUUAAGUUAUAAAAAAGGAGUCUAAACGAAAAUAUUUAACAAAUAUAUAGCUGGCGCAGAGGUCAGCUGCUCUAUAUGAAAGUACGAAAGUGGACAACCAGCAGACCCGCUCAUCAGAGAUACAGCGACGUCUCUUCUCGAAUCCAGAGGAAAACGUCCCAGUCCGUCGUCCAGCAUACGGCUAAGUGUGUGUGUGUGUGUUUUAAAGUGCGCGUUGAACCACCCCGUGCUGUGCACGUGAACUCCUCACUUUCGGCCCGAUCUGUCGUGUUCCUUCGGACUAGGAGACAGUACCCGGCGCACUAGUCCAACGAUCUCUGGCAGGUCCUGAUGAACGCCGAAUUCCCAAGGCGUGUGUGGAUGGUGACAUGUUGGCUCUUGGCUCUGCUGACCGAAACGUCCGCUGGACCUUGAUCCCUGCGGGCUCUAGUUCAGCGUUUGCCUGUCUUGGACUGCCCAGUCUUCGUUACCACGCCUUCCAAUGUACAUACGGGGCCAUUGAGCCGCUAUCUGUACAGUAACAGUACCGUGCACCACCCUGUACAUAUUGUAUACGAUAAGAAAAAUGAAAGAUGUCAAUUAAAUGCGAAGUGUACAGUC